AUAAAUUGGAGAAUACUGUUAAGAGAAUAUCCGCCAAAUAUUCAAAGCCAACUAUGCAUCAGUCCCAAGUGGAGGACAAAACAGGAAGCUGGACAUUAUUUCUGUGGACGACAAUAUUACUGACUGGGUUACUUGCUGUCAUCCUUAUUUCAUGGCUCUUAGUUUGGGCUGGCAAGUCCAGAAGGAAAAGCAGCUAUUCCCAAAUAACCAAACCAAAAUCGCGUUGGGAUUCAGUUUUGCAUACCAAUCAAAGCAGCCGACCACUGUUUGCUUCAGCCACAAAAAAACAAACCGAUUUUGAAAGAGGUUUCAACAGUCCAUCAACGACACAUGCUCAAACUGCUUCUUUACUGGAACGGCUGAGGACAAUUGACAUUGAGAUGUCCUUGAGGAGUAAGAAGUUCCAAUCCGGCAGAAGUAACUUGGUCCUACCACCGUCUUUGAAGCACAAAAAUACAGCCUCAAUAAACCAUACUGAAGGCGCAUUUUGUAGCUGUGACUUUAGUACGUCCGAAAGGGCGUGCUCGUGCUAUCUCAGCACACCACAACUUUGUACACAACCAUCAUUACAAGCGCCGGGGACGAAACCUUACGGACGAUGCCUGUCAUUAACCAUGUCCAGCAAACCGCACUUAGGUUUCUUGCCACCUUCAAACUUUUAUAAAGCUGAUGUUUCCAGCUUACCGCCUGAUGUCACAAAAAGGCGGAGAUGCCUUCGGAGUUUGAGCGAUGCGAGUGAUAACUGGAUCCAGUACAUAAACCACAGAGCAGAACAAGGCAGCAUAUCAUUUUCCCUGUCUUACAGCUGCACCAUCGAAGUACUUCAGAUAACAAUCAAUAGAUUGAUCGGAAUGCGUCCGAUAAGUAUUGCUGAUCAAUCUUUAAUGCGUCAAAAGGAAGCAGCUUAUAAAGUUUUCGUUAAGCUUAGAAACAGACAGCUUACUUCGGAAGAUCAGCGAUAUGUUGAACGAAGGUCAUCUUUGGUAACGCAGCCGGCUUUUGGUAUCCUGAACCCAGUGUUUGAUCAAACUUUAACAUUUGAUUUGAAAGUGAAGGACAUCGACGUUCACGAAAUUGUUUUUACCAUCCAUCGCAUACUGGUGCAGGAAGGAGAGCUUGGAAAAAUGGUUUGCAGAAAAAGUCGCUCAUUCAGUCUUCAUUCAACAUCUGAACGAUAUUCUUUAUCAAACUUGCUUCUGCCUUUGAAGCAUCUGUGUAUUGGUGUGGUGCAUUACCGACUCAAUAGCUACGUGCUCAUUAACAAAGCAGAUACCAUGAAAGAUAUCUGGCAGAGUAUCCAGCGUCCAACAGAAUUAGACGAGAUAUCCUCCGAUGAUGCUCAGCUCACGAGAAAAUCGAACACGGACUGGGUAGAACAGAAGACACGACUGAAGUCCAAAUCCCCCAAUACGUCUGAACACAUCACAUCCAAUGGCGAAGGCGCAGAGAAGCCAGCAAUGGAGAUAUCUAUUUUCUACAGUUCAGUAGAUUCAAUUAUAGCUGUUUGUUUGGGCAAUGCAAAAGGACUCAAGUUCCGCCCAAGUGACGCAUUUGUGAGGACGGUGUUGUACAAAGGCGAAAAGAUCCUGGCUACUUUCCGAAGCCAACCCCUUCCUAUUCCGGACUUAUUAAACCAGAUGCGCCCGACAACCGGUGUCAGUGAAGGUACUUCGACGCAGUUGCGAUCAUCGAAAUCGCUGUCCCCACACAAUGAAAUCGCUCGUUUCCAAGUCAAGCUGACUCGAAUAUUGAACAGGGAUACAUUGGGCUUGGUCAUCUACCUUUGUACCCGCGGUCGAUUUGGACAGUGCCGAGUAGUUGGACAGUGCGCAACUGGUGGUAGUGGCUUUCUUAGGAGUGAAUCCACACAGCAGUGGCAACUGCUUGUCGAAUCCAUACGCCGUAGCGAUCGAAAAGAAACGGGCGAAAAGUACUCAACAGAGCCCAUUAGUGUUUGGCACACGCUAUCUU